UGUUUACAACACCUUCGACAAGGAGGCAGCGCGAGUAAGUAAGCGUCUCGAAGUGUCUGAUGUUCCACCGGAACAGGACGGUACACACCUCGCUUCCUGCGCAGAGGAGGGCCACCCCGAUUAGGGGGGCGCGGUGGACCAGUGGUCGCGGUAGAGUCAUCGAGUGGUCUGGUGGUUUGGUCUGGUAACUGGAUAUAAAAAUCAGAAGAAAUGACGGCCAUUGUUUCAGUGUUAUCACAGCCGGUGUUCGCACCGCUGCUGGAAGUGUAGUCGUCGCCGCUGUCCACCAGUCGAGUUUCGCGCGUCCAACGGCAGGCCGGAGAAACAGUUUGCUUGCAUCGGCAAGAUAUUCAGUGCCAAACUGCGCUGGGUGCAACAUCCAGAGGCUCAUCGUUUUAGUAAACUGUUGGCACGCUGGGCACUUGUUUCGUUCUGUUGGCAAAUUUCUUCACGGUCACGGGAGAAACUCUGUGGGGCGUGGGGCGUGUAGCGGUGGUAGUGGUGGAUGGAGAAUGUUUUGCAAAUAACAGUGCUCCCGUUGGCGUGCGUUGGUCGCAUCUGGACGUAACUUUGUACCGGACGGAAUAGUGGCUCAGUGUUACGUGGUGGAUGCACGUGAGUGUGUCACGUUUUGCGGUGGACCAGAACCAACAAGUCAAGUUCCUGAAUUGAGUAGGAUACCCUGUGAUCCUGUGAACGAUCGUCGAAAGCGAUCGCACCAACCUUAGUGUCAUGGAGCAGCUGCUGGAGGAGCAGCAACAAGCAGGGCCGGCCAACGCAGAGACAUACAGUGACACUACUAACGAUGUCUGGAACUACGUCGUGUUCGUGUCCUUCGUGGUUAUAUCGGCGCUGAUACCGAUCCGGAAGCGGCUGUGCCGUCGGAGCAGCAACAGCAAGAGCAAGCAGGACUAUGUGUUCGGAGCGGGGCACAUUUCCACACUGGCGAUGAUGCUGUCCAUCGCGCGGGGAACACUUGGCGUGAUCUCCGUGCUGGGGUAUCCGAGCGAGUUCUUCUACCGUGGUUCGGCGAUGUGGGAAUCACUGUACGGCGUCAUCACCGCGUACCCGAUCGUAUGCUUCGUCUUCAUACCGGUGUACUUCGAUCUUGGCAUCACGUCCGUCUAUCAGUAUUUGGAGUUGCGCUUCAACAGUCGUCUAGUGCGUUGUCUUGCGUCGGGGACCUAUAUACUGAGGACGCUGUUGAGUUUGGGCGUUACUAUCUACACGCCUACCGUUGCCCUUAACACAAUCAUCGGUGUUCCGUACUGGGUGUCGUUGCUCUCCAUCACGCUCAUCAGUAUCUUCUUCAACGCACUCGGUGGCUUGAAGGCGGCGGUGGCUGCAGACGUGAUACAGAGCCUCAGCAUGACGGCAAUGCUGGUGGGGAUCAUCAUUUACUGCGCCGUAACGGUUGGUGGUGUGGACAAGAUACUGACCAUCAGCUCGGAGAAUGAUCGUUUCGCAUUUUUCAACUUUGCUGCCGAUCUGCAUCUGCGCGUCACCACGACGUCCGCCUGGUUGGGGGAGCUGUUCAACUCGCUCAGUCUGUUGGGCUGCCAGCAGAACUUUGUCCAGCGCUACCUCAGCAUGCCCACGUUCAGCCAGAUACGGCGCACGCUGAUGCUGAACAUUCCCGUCGUGAUACUGCUAUUCUCGCUGCCCUGGUUCGUCGGGAUGGCCAUCUACGCCAUCUACUGGCACUGUGACCCACUGAAAGCGAGUGUGAUCGCAAAGAUGGACGAAAUACUGCCCUACUUCAUGGUGGACCGGUUCGAUAACGUUCCCGGCGUGUGGGGGAUCUUCGUGGGCACGCUGUUCAAUGGGGCGCUCACCCUGAACAUCUCCAACAUCAACUCGCUGGCAACUGUAACCUGGGAGGACUUUCUUUCGCUAAUUCCGGCACUACGCAAGAAGAGCGACAAACAUCAGCUGAAUGUGAUAAAGCUCGUGGGCACGAUCUACGCGGUAGUGAUCAUGGGCGUAGGUUUCAUCGUAGGCUUACUGUCCGGUGUGAUCGAGUCCUCGAUGCUGAUCAUCUCGGCCACCUCCGGCCCACUGUUGGGUGUGUUUGUGCUGGCCAUGUUUAUCCCGUUCGCAAAUUGGAAGGGCGCUGCGAUGGGCAUGAUUGCGUCCCAUUUAUCGAUCCUGUGGAUCGUGGUUGGUCGGCUGCUGGAGAGCAACGUCAGUGACACACUGCUGGAAACGUCCAUCGAAGGGUGUUACGCGGAUUUGAUGGAAGCGCAAAAGAAUGCAUCCUUGCUGGUGGUGACACUGGACGACGGAAUUAAUGUGGUCGAGACGAGCAAUCUGCUCAAUCGAAUCUACUCGAUCACGUACAUGUACUACGGUGUGUUCGGUACGGUGCUCACUGUGCUGGCGGGGAUCGUGAUCAGUCUCGCCACGUGGAGCAGUCACGAUCAGUACAACAUGAAGAUGCUACAUCCAGCGGUACGAUGGCUCUACUCACGCUGUCCCUUCAGCGGUAAGCACUUUGGUUCGUUCGAGAUAGCGGCUAGCUAUGGGGCUGGGAAUAAAGAGCCGGUACCAAAGUGCUGACCAGGGCUGCACCCGUGGAAGGAUUGUGGAGCUCGGACCACCGUUUGUAUCGGCAUGUGAUAGACAGAUGAAAUAGUUCCUAUCUAGCCUAGCUUAAUAGUCUUUAUGGGCGUCUUGUACAGAAUGUAAAUGUACGAUAGAGUGUAUUGCGUUAUAGCCAGUAAGUAGGGUUAUUGUCAAUAAAUCGUAAAGACACUUUUAACGC